AGAUCGUUCGAACAUAAAAUGUUUUAAAUGCGACGAAAUGGGACAUGUGGCGUCUGUAUGUCCCAAAGGCCACAACAAAUACAUCGAAAAGCGAGUUGACGUGUGCGAAACUAAGUGAGCCAAGUGGACUGUGUUUUUCAAUUGGAGAACGAGAUUUUGAAUCGAUGUGAUGUGUCCAAGAUCACGAAAGUGAAUGAAAAUUAGAGACUUUAUUGCAGACCGAUCAGGAGAACGCUAAGCCAAAGGUUUAGGGUCUUUGGUAGAAACAAAUGAAUUAUGAGUUGCUGGCGGCGGCUGUGUGACCUGAAAUACUCCCCCAGUUGGAAGCGUGGGGUAGCAGAUACAGCUUUUUCGCUGCUCUCUUCGUCAAUCCUGUUUGUGGUGUCCCCAGCACAUCAACUUCACUACAUUUUUUCAUAAUGCCGGCUGCGGUUGUAACUUCUGAUGAUGUCGCCAUCAGCAUCUUCCGCCAGCUGAGCGGACUGCUCCUCGUUUUUUGUUUGCCGAACAUCUCGGCGAGAAAGUGUUCCAUCAGCAAAAUCAACAGGCCGGGCAGACCAGAUCGUAGGGCCUUAAAGAUGCGCCGUGGAUCCACCGGGCUUACGUUCGCUUUCGUAAGCCGUUUUCUUCGGUACAGUACAUGCGUGGCUCGAGAUCGGCAUCUGGUGCGGAUAUUGGUGAUGCGGAUCCCGAUGAGGAUGUGGGUGUUGACGUGGGGGAGGCUGCUGCUGCAUGGGCAGUUGCUGCAUUGCCUGCCAUGGGAUCGGCGGUAGCUUUUGAGACAUCAUGCCACUGAGUGGCCCCUGGCCCACUUGUUGAUCCACACCCUGUGAAUGUGGCAUGGGCUAAGGUGGUUUAACUAUUCCACCGGGUGCUACUUGUGGCAAUCCUGGAAGUGGAACGACGCCUUGGGAUGAAUGUUGCGGCAGUGGUUGCUAAACUCCUACUUAUUGCGAUUGCAGCUGCUGGGACGGCAUGCCGGACAUCCUAUCCUGGUCCCGAGGAGCAAAUAAAAUGGAACAUAAAGGUCAAGGUCUUAGCUAUAACCAUCUAACCAAAGUGUUCGUCUAUUGUGGAGUGAAAAAUGAUUUGUGCCAACUUGUGCCAAAAACUAAAACCUGAUGUGUUUACUCAAAACUGUAAUUAAAUUGAUGUUAGUAACGCCUUUUGCCUAAAUUUGCAUAUGCUCUUUAUAUUUUGCCGUUUAAGACAAGUUUGAGAUUAGCCGAUCGGUUAUGCUGGAUGAAUGGAUCUAAGGAGAUCGAAAUGACAAAGCCUUAGUUGACUGGGUUGUUGGCGAAUUUAAAUUAAUUGAUAUUACUAUUGACGAGAAAGCUAAAGUCGCUAAGCAAAUCAGAAGCUUUCACCUAUAUAUAAUGAAAAAUCUGGCUAAAUGAAACCGUACAAUUGAAAAUACAUUCCAGUUGCCUUGCACCCACGAUGAUGGUUGUCGUGGACCAAAACAACAACCAAGUCGCAACCAAGACGGUCUAAUGGGACGACCUCGUCUCCCUUACAGUGAUGCAGGAUCACGGCUCAAAAGAAAAAUAGCAACGGAUCUGGCUAAUAUGGAAGAAAAUAAUACAAGUCUUCUUGUCCAUGUAGCAUCAAUUUCAUCAAAAAGCAAACCAUCCAUGGAUUUAUCGGAUCCUUUACUUUCAAGCCUAAAUAUAAACAAAAAAUCGUCUCAAAAUAAAAAAAAAUGGCUUUGUUGAAAGAUGUCAUCAAUCUUUUAGAUGCACCAAAUGUGAAACCUAUUAAUAAUGAACAUUUUUGGGAAGCGAUGAUAGCGACUCGGAUUCGGAUCACGAUGUUCCAUUUUCUAUGCAUUUCGACGUAGAAAAUUUUGAUUAAUAUAAUAGUAUAUGUAUAUUAAACAGAUACAAAAGUAAAAUUAUCUGGUAUCUGGCCCAGUGUGCACUGGCACCCUAUCCCUGACCCUAGCCGUCCUGAAGCAUUUGGGAUUGUGGCAGCAUGCUGGCGGGUGGAACCAUGUUGACCAGCGGUAUUGCGCUUCAAAAAUGUCACAUGUCGCAUCAGCGGCAACGUUCCCAGAAUCUUCAGCAGCCAUGGCAACAGCAACAACAACUAAACGGCAGAAACAGCGACUCGAAAUUCGGCUCAGGCGGGAAGAUGAGCGCAAAAAAGAAUUAGCGGCAGAUUAAUUUAUUAGUAUUUUCACAAAUAUAACUUUUUAUGUACACAUAUGCAAUAUUGCGUAACCAAAGACGUUAUUUUUCAAUGUUAAUAGAAGAUAUGCCUUUAAUUUGUCUGAAUAUCGAAGACAAAAAUUGUUGUUGAGCAAUGCACUAAGCAACAGUAGCGAAAAUCUGCACUAUUUAUUGCUUAUGCACAAAUCACGUCAGCACCAAAUAUUGAGCAAAUAACCUUUUUUAUGAGCUGUUAUUGAGCAAUUAAAAACGAGGUUUAUUUAGGAACGAUAUGUUUUUAUUGGUUUUAGCGAACGAGAUUUUAAAUCGAUGCGAUGUGUCCAAGAUCACGAAAGCGAAUGAUAAUGAGCGACCUAAUUGCAGGCCGAUCAGCAGAAGGUUAUGCCAAAGGUGCAGGUGCGAGAGAGAGUAAAAUAGAGCUAGCUAGAGAGGGGAGUUUGGAUAACGAGAGAGGUGCCGUAUAACUAAACUGUGUCUCCAAAGUUGGCUGCAUAUAAACAACUGAAAUAGGCAUUGCUGGCGGCUGACAGCUAUAAUAUUCAUAUUCAUUAGCAUGCAGAUUCAAGAGGCAUAGGCAUUCCGCGAGUUUGUUCACUCAUGCUGAGGAGCAAAGCUCCUAAAAAUGGCCACAGCUUUGAAACAUGUGCUUACAAUUUUUUUUUAUUUUAUUAUUGCUGUUCAAGUCUCUAUUGGUAUGCCAAAAAUGUUUUAAGUUUAAGGUGACAACACAAAUGGAAUAUUUAAAGUGCAUACAAUAGAUACUUGCAUGUUAGAUUAUAAACUUAUCGCGCUCUGAAGCUAUACUUAACCCUCCCUUGGCCUUGACGUCUUCCCUAUGGAUGACGUAGAUAUAAUAAAUGCUUUUUGAAUUAUGCGAUAGUUGGGGAAUAGCGUAUGUACAUUUGACUAAACUCACAUCAGGAAAUUGGGGAUACAUGGUGCUACACAGGCCUUAUCGAAUGCAGGAGAAGCCGUAUUCACUACUAACAGAACGAUACGUGGAACAAGGAAGAUUUGGGAAAAUUUUGUAUAUCAAACCUUAAAACAGAUGCAAAAAACAUAAAUUUUUCAAUUGAUAUUUUCGAUAAUAUAUUAUGUUCACAUAUAUAUCUUGUCUAACAUAUUUCACCACGGGAACAGGUUCCCUUGGUGUUAUCCUCUCUUUGAUUUGCGCAUGCUCUGUGAAUUUUAAGGAACUGGAAUUAUACAAUACAAAAUAACCAUUUUUCAUUUACUGCGUACUAAAUAAGAAGCGUUUUAAGUGACUAAUAAAAGAAAUUGGAUUAGUUUAAAUAUCUCAAUUUGGCAUAUGUAAUGAAAACUUAGCUUUAAUAAAAAUGUGGCACACUGUGUGGCACCAAUGCUAUCUAAAAGGAAAUAAAUGUGAAUAAACAAAGCAAAAUAAAUUGACCUACCAACUACAACAUUUUAACUGCUACUUUUGACUGUUUGGUGAUGCUCGGCCGGCGCUAUAAUGUCACAGCAUUACUGCAUGCUGCUAAAGGAAUAUCACGUAGAAGAUAAAGUUUUCAGAUAGCAGUGCGGGAAAAUAACACCGUAAAACAUGACGCACUACGUGAGGCAUGAUUACUUUCAUAACACCCAAAACGGUGCCUUAUCCUCUGACACCAGUCGAAUAUCUUACAGUCAAAUUUCUUACGAAACACAGCCUAGCAGAGAAUAUUUCAGUGAGUCAUAUGCUUUAAGCAAUCAAGGACCAGAAGAAUGCAGUCGCGUGAGCCACCUAAACAGUGAUACAGUACUUACAACCGUGGACAACAGCAACAAUAGUUAUGGCUACGACUAUUUAGAAUGUUAUGGAGCUAAUAUCCAGUGUGAUCCGGAAGAGGAUUCUGUUGACAAUUGGAACGAAAACACUUCAGUUGUUGCAGAUCAAUAUGGGUUAGGACAUAAUAAUCUAAAUUGUACCUCAUCGAAAUUAUUACCUAAGCUGCCAAACAUUGAAAAUGGAAGGGGUUCUUCAAACGCAUGUGCCCCUCAAAUGGAUGUAAAGUUUAACACAAAAGGUAUGUGCAUAAAAAUAGACCACAGCUAUGGUGUCUGCAUGGCCAAAGCACACGACUUCGUCGGACGUCUUUCGCCUAGUGACUACCAGAAUAUCCUUGGCAAUAAUCUCAAUGGAUAUGCUGGUUGUGCCUACUCGUCGACAUUUUUAGACAAUGCUAUGUCAUCGGCACCAUUGCGGGUUUUACCGCAAUCACCGCGGUGUAGCUCUUAUUUAGGUCGAAAUAUAAUUGGAUUUAAUGCAGACGCGGCUCAGAGGGAUGGACGCGGCUUCGACACAGAUCAAACUGAUGCGAUGGGUUCUGAAUCUAGUACAUAUGAGGUUUAUGAAAAAAUGCAAAGGCCAUACACGUCCAUGUUGCCGUUAGAUUACAGUGAUUACCAAGAAGGUUGUUACAAUACCGACAAUCUUUCAACAUACAGCGACACACCGCCGAGCAAUAAUACACAACUAAAGAGGCAAAUGCAGAGGAAAAUUUCGUUAAUGAUGGCGAUGACUACAGCUUCUGUGAUAGCAUCUGGUGAGAUUAGAGUCCCAGUUCACUCAAAGCAAUCUAAGAAAUCUACUGAAAUCCAAACUGACUCUAUAAUAGGAAACACCAUCAGCACCAAUGCCGCUGCAAGAGACUUAGACAGAUGUUUGGCGACGGAAUCUUGUGAAGUAAUUGUCGAUACACGUGACUCUGGUAGCGUCACAAGUUUCCCGUCAUCUGCUGUGACUGCAAUAACAAAGACUAGAAAAUUGCCAAAGGUUUUACCAACGCCACUGUGUAAAUCAUCUCGUCAUCCAAUCACCAUAGCCACCGAUGCAUUAAGUUCAUCAUAUACUUCAGAUCCUUUACCAGAGAAGAGUCAUCGCCCAAAGCAACUGCCAAAGCUGCCUAUAUCAUUACCCCAGUCCAAUGAUCGUGCAAGUCUCAAUUCGAAUUGGGCGACCCCUCCUGCCCCAGAUGCAUUACCAUUUAAUUCGUUCGACCAUAAAUCGGCAUCUUCUCCUACGCCAACAACAACAAUAACAAAAGAUACGGAAACCACCUCAUAUCUGGUUGAAACAGAUUUUAUUGGAGCCAGGCAUAAUGCCCUUUAUCAGUAUGAUAGUAAAGAACCAAAUAUAGUAUUUUCGGACAAGUCUGUCGAAGCAGAACACUCGCCAACGUGGACCCCAUUAUCGCCAAUACAAUCCAAACAAAGUCCUUGUCCGCCUGUGGCGCUACCAAGCAAUAUUAUGCAAAAUGUUUCUCUAACAUGUCACUUACCUGAAAUCGAAGCAACCCGAUCCGAUAUUGAGCGAGAACCAGAAAGCUCUUCUAUCGAACCAAUUCUAGAAAUUGAAAAAUUAGCCGAUCCAUAUAGCGGGCCCGGAUCAGCCUUAUUUAACAUAUCUGAGUAUCUGAAGCCUUAUACAUUAAAUAAACCUAUUUUGUCCGAAGAAAAGAAAAACCAUAUCGCCAAUGCUGCCAGUACGUCAACCACAACGCCAUUGAAUAUAACAUCAGAUGACGAAUUCUCUUCAUAUUCUAACAAGUGGACGAGUACUUGCGUUAAUUUUCAACCAUUAGACGUUGAAUCAAGCUUAAAUAUUUCACUUAAAGUCAACGCUGGCACGAAUCAGGCCGAAUUAUUAAUGACACCAUUAAAAAGUUCCACUCCUCUUUUCAUUUCUUCUAAUGGCACAUCCGAUAAUUUUAAUUUGAGGAAAAGCUCUCCUCCCGACAGCGCGUUCACCACCACGGUUAACGUCAACAGUUUUGAAACGGUACUAGUAUCUGGAAGCCAAACUGCCUCACCGUCGCCGUCAAACUUAAAGUCACCACCAUCAAUAGCUCCAUUAUUAUCCUACUCGGAUUAUAUGAAACAAUUUGAGUUACCAGAAUUGCCGCAACCCAUUAUGGAUCUUUCAGAAAAUGAUACUGCUACUCAAAGCGAUUCCUUUAAUGUAAUCAAUAAUACUCUUACGAACGCUGACAAUUUAAAUUCCUACAACCAGAUGGAUGUAGAAAGCAAAAGUAGUCUACAGUUACCUUCUUAUUCCAGUGAAUCAUUUGAUCCGUGUAGUGUGCCUAGUUUUUCAAUUAAGAACAAAGAAUAUAAAAUUGUCGAAAAGCUGGACAGUCUAUCAAAUGUUGAAAGCGUAGAAUCACCGAAAACCUUAGUAAGUCCAGUAAACCCAUUGAAUUGCUCAAAAUUAUUGCCAGGGACGGAAUCAAUAGUGAGUAAUGAUGUAGCGUUCGAUGAUACAUUUUACGAUAGCUUUAAUGUUGACAUAAAAGAACUGACCGCAUUUGUUGACCAUGUUGCCCCAGAGGACGGUUUAUACAAUUUCCCAAACGAUAAGACUUCAGUUGAAUUCAGUUUUGAUAAGACCGAGGAUACAAUAGACAUGAAUCAGAACUUAAGCUCAGGAGAAUGUGGUUAUUAUAAGCCAUCUCAGGCACAACAAAAAGCUAGUGUAGUAGCAUCCGCAGCAAGUAGUGUUCUUGACGGAAUUUCAAAGGGCUUAAAAGGGGGGCUGGACGGCGUUUUUAGUGGUGUCAGUUCAACAGUUGAUGUCACUCAAUCAAAUCCCAGUUCCAAAAGAGGUUUUAGCUUUAACUUAGCAUCAAAGAUUGUGCCAAGUGUCGGUGGAUUGCUAACUAGUACAAGUUCCACCUCUAUAAAACAAACAGGAUCAGAAACUAAUCCUACCCUAAUAUUGAUUUCACCUGAAAAUGUUUCUAGUCGUAACAGUAAUUAUAUACCUACGACAUCUCCAUCUUGUACUCAAAAAAAUGGCGAGGAAAAUUUAUAUUCGGCUACAGUCCACAAUAAGUCAACGAAAUCGAAUUCAUACUAUAAUGAAGUGGGAGAAAUUAGUUCGACCUUAGUCAGAAAUGUUUGUGACAGUUACGAUAAUAGCUAUGAUGAGAUGAUUUUAACCAACGAAAUGGUAAAUAUAGGGAUGCUCGACAGUGAAUCUGAGUUUGGCUUAAUAGAAAAUUCAUAUUCGUAUCAGGUACCAGACAAUGAGCAAAUCGACAGUGUUAACUCGUAUAAUAAUAAGACCCAAAAUGUAACAAAUAAUGGCAUAGAAAAGGCAAAUACAAAAAAUAAACCAGUGCCUCUUCAUGACCCUCCUACGAAAAAAGCAAGUACUGUUGGCAUGUUCGGAUCAAUUUUGGGAAAAGCUGCUGCAGCAGUGCAAUCAGCAACGCAAGCAGUCAAUCAAAGUGCGUCGUCAGUGGCAUCAGUCGUUGCACAAAAGCCAACAAUCGUACCGAGAACGAACAACGUGCUUUUGUUGUCUAGCGUAUGCUCACCUAACGAGAUUAAAAGAAAUUCAAGUUCAGUAGAAUUUGAUUCAGAAUAUGGAUAUCAAAUGCCCGAUGUAGAGUCUCUAUCAAGCCAUUACGCAAAUACUGGCGGUGAUUAUGAUAAUAGUAAUAUGAAAAUACAUGAAUUUGGUACAUAUGCAGAUGAUAGACCAUACGCAGAUUAUCAUACGAAUGGCAAUCAAAGCCAAUUUAAAGAAGAGGCGGUGAUUCCUGGGGAACCUGAAGUAAUUAAUACAAACAUACUCCCGAUUGGCCCGCAGGCCACCGGCAAAAAACUUCCUACCGUCAAUGGUAAAUCGGCGUUACUUAUUAAACAGAUGCCGACGGAGGUAUAUGAUGAUGAAUCAGAUACAGAUGAAUUAGAUGUCAGUCCAUCAACCGGAAAAGUACCUAGCUAUAGCAUUUAUAGUGAGCAGGAAGAUUACUACAUGGAUCUUCAGCAAACGACACCGUCAAUUCAGCCAAACGGUUUUUAUGAACAAGUCAAUAAUGGUUAUGACUACCGAGAGGAUUACUUUAACGAGGAGGAUGAAUAUAAGUAUCUCGAGCAGCAGAGGGAGCAAGAGGAACAUAAUCAGCCGAAGAACAAGAAAUAUCUGAAGCAGGCCAAAAUAUCAAAAAUACAACCACCAUCAUUAGAUUUCAUUGACGUAGGGCAAGACGAUGACUUUAUAUACGACAACUAUCACAGCGAAGACGAUAGCGGAAAUUACCUAGAGGGAAGCUCCAGUGGAAGCGUUGGUCCUAUUGAAGGGUCAAUCAUAAAGGUGGACUCGAAUAUAGAAGCUUCGUUUGCUUCGCUCAACAAGAAGAGUGACUCUUUCACACCGACAAACGAUUCCCUUCAAAAGCAUGACACUGUUAUUGGUGAAUCAACAACCAAACUUACGCGCCUUAGGACAGAAAAAAUGUGCCCAGACGUAGACGAAGAAGAUGAAAACCUAAGCGAUCACGUUUCCGAUCUUACUGACUUAAGUAAACUAAUCUCACAAAAAAAAAAAACGCUCUUGAGAGGAGAAACUGAAGAAGUCGUAGGAGGACACAUGCAGGUGUUACGCCAAACGGAAAUCACAGCUCGGCAACGAUGGCAUUGGGCUUACAAUAAAAUAAUCAUGCAGCUUAAUAAUGGAGGUGGUCCUGGAGAAGUGGGAUUACGUACAAAUGGUCAUCCCGGUGACAAUCCAUUCUAUAGCAAUAUUGACAGUAUGCCGGACAUAAGGCCUCGAAGAAAAUCCAUUCCUCUUGUGUCUGAGCUGACAAUGGCCGCUACAAAACGAAAUGCUGGACUCACAUCUGCUGUUCCACGUGCAACGCUGAAUGACGAAGAUCUGAAAAUGCACGUGUACAAAAAAGCUCUACAAGCCCUGAUAUAUCCUAUAUCCUCAACAACGCCCCACAAUUUUUUGUUAUGGACUGCUACGUCACCAACGUACUGCUACGAGUGUGAGGGUCUUUUGUGGGGGAUAGCACGACAAGGGGUCCGUUGCACUGAGUGCGGUGUAAAGUGUCAUGAAAAAUGUAAGGACCUUCUGAAUGCGGACUGCCUGCAGCGUGCUGCCGAAAAAAGCUCAAAGCACGGUGCGGAAGACAAGGCUAACUCGAUUAUUACAGCGAUGAAAGAUCGUAUGAAGCAACGUGAACGAGAGAAGCCUGAAAUUUUUGAGUUGAUUAGAGCCGUGUUCAGCGUUGAGGAGAAGAGUCAUGCCGGUCAUAUGAAGGCUGUGAAGCAAAGCGUCCUGGAUGGUACAAGCAAGUGGUCGGCCAAAAUAGCAAUCACAGUGAUUUGUGCUCAAGGCCUGAUAGCGAAGGAUAAAAGCGGUACCAGUGAUCCAUAUGUGACGGUGCAAGUUAGCAAGGUGAAAAAACGAACGCGAACAAUGCCGCAGGAACUUAAUCCUGUGUGGAACGAGAAGUUUCACUUCGAGUGCCACAACUCCUCCGACCGCAUUAAGGUUCGUGUUUGGGACGAAGACAAUGACCUAAAGUCGAAACUGCGCCAGAAGUUAACUCGAGAGUCGGACGACUUUUUGGGACAAACAAUUAUCGAGGUUCGUACUCUUUCCGGUGAAAUGGAUGUAUGGUACAACCUGGAAAAGCGCACAGAUAAAUCGGCCGUAUCAGGCGCGAUACGGCUUCACAUAUCUGUUGAAAUAAAGGGCGAGGAAAAAGUAGCUCCUUACCACGUACAAUAUACCUGUUUACACGAGAACCUCUUCCAUUAUCUUUGCGAAGAAAAUACCGGAAUGGUCAAGUUGCCAACUCAAAAAGGGGACGAUGCUUGGAAGUUGUAUUUUGAUGAAAUACCCGAAGAGAUUGUCGACGAGUUUUCGAUGCGUUAUGGAAUUGAGAAUAUUUAUCAAGCUAUGACACAUUUCCACUGCUUGUCUGCUAAAUACCUAUGUCCUGGGGUACCAGCUGUAAUGAGUACCCUUUUGGCAAACAUAAAUGCUUAUUAUGCUCAUACGACUGCUUCGUCAGCUGUAUCGGCCAGUGAUAGAUUUGCUGCCAGCAAUUUUGGGAAAGAAAAAUUUGUUAAGUUGCUGGACCAGUUGCAUAACUCACUGAGGAUCGAUUUGUCAAUGUACAGAAAUAACUUUCCUGCAUCGAGUCCAGAAAAGCUAAUGGAUCUAAAAUCUACAGUUGAUUUAUUGACCAGCAUAACAUUUUUCCGCAUGAAGGUACAAGAGCUAUCUAGCCCGCCGAGAGCAAGUACAGUAGUCAAGGAUUGUGUUAAAGCAUGCCUUAGAUCCACUUAUCAAUUCUUAUUUGAAAAUUGUUAUGAACUGUACAACAGAGAAUUUCAGGUUGAUCCCAACGAAGCAAAACGUGCACCAGAUGAUCAUGAACCCAAGCUUGAUAGCGUCGACUUUUGGCAUAAGCUAAUAGCUUUAAUCGUAUCGGUAAUAGAUGAAGACAAAAACAGUUACGGAACCGUUUUAAAUCAAUUUCCGCAAGAGCUAAAUAUUGGACAGUUAUCAGCAUCUUCAAUGUGGCAUCUCUUUGCUGUGGACAUGAAGUACGCGCUCGAGGAGCAUGAGCAACAUCGUCUUUGCAAGUCAUCGGCUUAUAUGAAUCUUCACUUUCGAGUUAAGUGGCUAUAUAGUAACUACGUCAAAGAGGUGCCUCCCUACAAAGGAGCGGUUCCCGAUUACCCAGCAUGGUUCGAGCCUUUUGUGAUGCAGUGGCUAAAUGAAAAUGACGACGUGUCAUUGGAAUACCUUCAUGGCGCAUUUAAGAGGGAUAAAAAAGACGGGUUUCAAAAGAGCAGCGAGCACGCGCUCUUUUCAAAUUCUGUAGUCGACGUUUUUACGCAAUUGACGCAGUGUUUCGAUGUUGUUAGCAAACUCGAGUGUCCUGAUCCAGAAAUUUGGAAACGUUACAUGAGACGUUUUGCUAAAACAAUCGUAAAAGUGCUAAUAGCCUAUGCGGAUAUUGUGAAACUUGAGUUUCCAGAGCAUAUGAAGGAUGAAAGAAUUGCUUGCAUACUUAUGAACAACAUUCAGCAACUAAGGGUGCAGCUAGAAAAAAUGUUUGAGUCUAUGGGUGGGGAUAAGCUAGAGGAGGAUGCAGCCAAUAUUUUGAAAGAACUUCAGCAAAAUCUUAACUCUGCGUUGGACGACUUAGCUUCACAAUUCGCUAUCAGUUUGGAGCCACGAAUAACUCAAUCAGUGCGAGAACUUGGAGACAUGCUGCUUUCUAUUAAAGGAGGCAGUGGAACCCUUGCUGCUGGUAAUCUUGCAGCUCAAAGGAACGCGGUCGCCGUUGAGGCCGAUGAAGUUUUAAGGCCGCUUAUGGAUUUACUUGAUGGCUCUUUAACUCUCUAUGCGCAAUCAUGUGAAAAAACCGUGUUGAAGAGGUUACUAAAGGAGUUAUGGAAGAUCGUAAUGCGAAUAUUAGAGAAAACAAUUGUUUUACCACCUAUGACUGAUAAAACUAUGAUGUUUAAACACCUUACUGACAAUGCAAAAAACUUGGCAUCGAAUGCAAAAAUUGAAGACAUGGGUCGUUUGUUCAAGUCACAUAUGGCAGGAAAGCAGGAUGUUAAGAGUGCUCUGAGCGGGGUAAUGGACAUAUCAAAAGAAGUAGAAAAAAACUUGUCACCCAAGCAAUGCGCAGUGCUUGAUGUUGCCUUAGAUACAAUAAAACAAUACUUUCACGCGGGUGGCAAUGGACUGAAAAAGACCUUUCUCGAAAAGUCGCCCGAGCUUCAGAGUUUACGUUACGCACUCAGUUUAUAUACACAAAUGACCGACACACUAAUCAAAACCUUUAUAUCUAGCCAAGUUCACGAGGUCGAUCUAGAAAACUCAGAGGAAAGUGUUGGGGAAAUAUCCGUGCAAAUAGACUUAUUUUCCCAUCCCGGCACCGGUGAACAUAAAGUAAACGUGAAAGUUGUUGCUGCUAAUGACCUUAAAUGGCAAAUACCAUCGGGUAUGUUCAGACCAUUUGUUGACAUUAAUUUAAUAGGACCGCACCUGCAAGAAAAAAAAAGGAAGUUCGCUACAAAGUCGAAGUCUAACAACUGGUCGCCUAAAUACAACGAAUCUUUCAGCUUCACCAUUGGAAAUGAGGAGCAGCUGGACUUCUUUGAAUUGCACAUUUGCGUUAAGGACUAUUGUUUUGCUCGUGAUGACCGACUUGUGGGCGUGGCUGUAAUUCCAUUAAAAGAUAUAUCGGAAAAGGGAUCGGUCGCAUGCUGGUUACCCUUAAUGAGACGAAUUGAAAUGGACGAAACGGGCUGGACCAUUUUAAGAAUUUUGUCACAGCGAAAUAAUGAUGAAGUGGCCAAGGAAUUUGUCAAGCUUAAAUCGGAAAUACGGCAGGAGCCAACCAUGGGUACAUAAACCGGGCACAUCGUACUACCAAAUCCUCAAAACUUCAACAAUAUUAAAUACAACAUAACAUUGUUUAAUUGGACAAAACAACUUUAUUUGAAUUUAUUCUUUGGACAGGUUUUUAUUACAAGAAAUCCUAGGCAACAAUGCUAGUUGAAGAAAUCAUGCAUAAUAUAUGAAUAUAAAUAUAUAUCUAAACUUAAAGUAUGAUAAAAAAAUAUGUAUAUGUCUGGUCAGGUAUACAGAAAUAAUACGUUUAUUAGGUUAAAUAUUUAUGUUUUAAGCAACUUUAAAAUGCGCACCCACACACUUGCAAAAAAAAAUUGUAAUAUUUCUGUCUUUUGGCACUUGUACAUUUGUACAUAAUGCAGGGCAGUCACUGAAUUAGUUAUUUUUAAAUUCAUUAUCAUCUGUACAUUCUAAACUCACAACACGCACAUUCCUAUUUAUGUAAAUAAGUACCUGUAUAAUAAUUAAUUGGUAAUUCUUGAACAAAUUUGUUAAAGAUUCUUCACAUAAGUCCAUGUGAAUCUUUAUUUUUUUCUAUUGCAAUAAAAUAAAGUAUAUUACGU